CACCCAGGGGUCUGUGAUGGUGAAGUCCCCCCUGAACCGAGAGCUGGUUGCCACCUAUGAGGUCACGCUCUCAGUGAUGGACAAUGCCAGUGACCUCCCAGAACAGUCUGUCAGUGUGCCAAAUGCCCAGCUCACCGUCAACAUCGUGGACGUCAAUGACAACACGCCCCGCUUUAAGCCCUUUGGGAUCACCUACUACACAGAGCGGGUCCUGGAGGGGGCCACCCCCGGCACUACACUCAUUGCUGUGGCAGCAGUCGACCCCGACAAGGGCCUCAACGGGCUGAUCACCUACACCCUGCUGGACCUCACCCCACCAGGCUAUGUCCGGCUUGAAGACUCUUCGGCAGGGAAGGUCAUUGCCAACUGGACAGUGGACUAUGAAGAGGUACAUUGGCUUAAUUUCACAGUAAGGGCCUCAGACAAUGGCUCCCCGCCCCGUGCAGCUGAGAUCCCUGUCUAUCUGGAAAUUGUAGACGUUAAUGACAAUAACCCCAUCUUUGACCAGCCCUCCUACCAGGAGUCCGUUUUUGAGGAUGUAGCUGUGGGCACUGUCAUCCUGAGGGUCACUGCUACCGACACAGACUCAGGCAACUUCGCCCUCAUUGAGUACAGCCUUGGGGAUGGAGAGGGCAAGUUCGCCAUCAACCCCAACACUGGUGACAUCUAUGUGCUGUCCUCUCUGGACCGGGAGAAGAAGGACCAUUAUAUCCUAACUGCUUUGGCCAAAGACAAUCCUGGGGAUGUGGCCAGUAACCGUCGAGAGAACUCAGUGCAGGUGGUGAUCCGGGUUCUUGAUGUCAAUGACUGCCGGCCUCAGUUCUCCAAACCACAGUUCAGCACGAGUGUAUAUGAAAAUGAACCAGCAGGCACCUCAGUCAUCACCAUGCUGGCCACUGACCAGGAUGAGGGCUCCAACGGGCAGCUGACCUACUCUCUCGAGGGCCCUGGAAUGGAGGCCUUUUCCGUGGACAUGGACUCAGGUCUGGUGAUCACACAGCGGCCACUGCAGUCCUAUGAGAGGUUCAACCUGACUGUGGUGGCCACAGAUGGUGGGGAGCCCCCACUCUGGGGCACUACCAUGCUCCUGGUGGAGGUCAUUGAUGUCAACGACAACCGCCCCAUCUUUGUGCGCCCACUCAAUGGCACCAUUCUGCACAUCAGAGAGGAGAUCCCGUUGCAUUCCAAUGUGUAUGAGGUCUAUGCCACUGACAAGGAUGAAGGCCUCAAUGGGGCAGUGCGUUACAGCUUCCUGAAGACAGCAGGCAACCGUGACUGGGAGUACUUCACCAUCGACCCAGUUAGUGGCCUCAUCCAGACAGCUCAACGCCUGGACCGUGAGAAACAGGCAGUGUACAAUCUCAUCUUGGUGGCCAGUGACCUGGGCCAGCCAGUGCCCUAUGAGACGAUGCAGCCGUUGCAGGUGGCCCUGGAAGACAUCGAUGACAACGAACCCCUUUUCGUGAGGCCUCCU